AAAAAACUUCCUUGAAAACAACUCCAUCAUUGGCAUUUAAUUAUAUUAUUCAUCAAAAAUCUACAAAUAAACACGAAAUCUCACUGGAAGCAGGCGCUUGCGUUAUCAAUUUAACGCUUGGAAUGCUUCAUCGAUUUAAGUUUAUACUUAAACUUUUAUUAGGUCAUUAUUCAUCAUUAUUUAAUGCUAAACCAAACUCUGAAGAACAAACUGAUUCUCUGGGUAAAUCUCCAACCCAAAACGUAUGCUUCGAUUUUGAAAUUUCAAACAUUCUAAUUAAAAUAUUACCAAUUUGUCACGCUCCUUCAAGCUAUAAAAACAAAAAAUGCAGCUCAAUCAUAGAUAAUUUCCCUGAAGCUUUGGUAGGAAUUUACAAGCUUAGAGGAAGUAUAAAAAUUGAUAAAAGUACAACAUGCAAUGAUAUCGAAGAAAGAAAAUAUUUAAAAUUUAAUUUAAUUGCGAACAAAUUAGAAGCUAAAGUUUAUAAAUCAAAUAUCACGCAUUCGUUAUUGAAAAUAAAUACAAUAGAAUGGAAAAAAUUAGAAAACUAUUGCAUUGAAAAUAUAUCUGACAGCUUAUUGAAUAUUGAUAAUGUGAAAUUUGAAUCAUCGAAAGACAACUAUUUGUUAUUUUACUAUAUUAUUCAUUCGUUGAUCACUAAAAGUCAAUGCGAUCAAAUGUAUACUGAUGAUUGUUUCAUUAACUCAGAAUUAUUACAAAGCAAUUUGGAUUUUAUUGUAUUAUUCUGGGAAAUUAAAGAUAUUCGUAUUUGCUGUAUUUUACAAAAACAGUCUUCUAAUUUUGAUAUAACAGUGAAAAAUAUAUCGGCCAAUACUAUAAAGCUAAAUGAUAACAAUCAAUUUUGCUCAAAAAUUAUAACACUAAAAUCCAAUAAACUGGGAGAUAUUAUUCAUCCUAUUUUACAUAUAAUAGUACAAAUUCCAUCAGAGAAUGUUACCCAAAUGUCUUUACUGUUCAUAAAAACAGCAGAAAUCGCUAUAAAUAUUGAUCCAUUAUUUUUCGAAUGGUUAGUUUAUGCUCCCGAUUACAGAGAAAACCCAAUUGAUUCAUUGGCAUGCUUAGACAACAGAGUUGAAAAUGAUCUCUCAUAUAACUUAUCGGUUGAAGAUCAGUUAGAAAACAAACCAAAAAGAUUUCAUUGGUUUGAAAAAUUGGAAUCAACUGCAGUGUUCAUUGAAUUUUCGGCCGUCACACUGAAUUUUCCAAAUGAUGUACUUUCAAUUGCAGAAAUAUCAUUUAUUGACGAAAAAAUAGAUAUGAAAAGAUGGCUGGAAAUUCUUAGUGAUCACAAUAUCGAUGUACUAGUUAUGAGUAUAUCAAGAUUAACUAUAAACUGUGCAAUUGAAUCACAACAAGUUGAAAACUAUUUUGACGAAUUUCCUGUUAAUUUUCCCGAAUCAUUGUGGUCGAGUUAUAGUAAUUUCCGUUUUUUAUUUUCGCAAUAA